AUGGCUUUACCUUUGUGCCAGGCAUGUGCUAAUGUUCAGAAAAACUUACAGGAGAAUAGUUAUAUUAUAGUAGACAAGCAUUACCAGUGUUGUUUAUGUUUUGGGAUUCUUUCUGAUCCCGAUUUGAUCAAUCUGGUUACUCAAAAGGCCGAAGAAAGCUUCAACGCUUCUGGAUACGAUGGAAAUACAUUUGUUCUGGCUUUAAAUAUUCCGACCACGAUGCAAUUUCGAGAUUCUUUAUUGGAAAGCACAUUUCCAGAAUCUUACAGUAGCCGAGAAAUGAGCCCUAAAAACUUGUUUUCUAAUGUUUUGCUAAAGAGUUUGGAACAGGUAUGCAGGUUAUAGUAUGAUAAAUAAUUAAUACGGGUUUCAGAAGGUAGGAAUGAGGGGAUCUUUGAAUUCUGAUCUUAUAAUGACAGUGAGUUUGGCCAAUGACGAGUUUAUAAAGUCGGAUGUCGACUUCUUCCUAUGUCAUUGUCCGAAUACUUUUCUAAAUAACGGCAGGAAAAGACGACCGGAGAUGAGUGAGGUACAUCAACUUUACACAAAGACGAAGAUACAAGAGAUUAUCAACAGGACAGAUGUUGAAGUACUUAAGUAAGUUAAUAUGUUUGAUGAAUCAGUGUUUAGGAAGUAUCAAAUGUCUUCUCCGACGACUUCAGUGACAGUGGAAGUGUCCUUUCAAAGAGAGGGAGUAUUCAUUGCCGGAAGGUACUGUAAGUAUUCGAGGAGUCUACCUCAAUCACCUUGGACGGCUGAUGAGGAGAUUGACAUUGUUCAUGGUAACUCGGUAUGUUUUCUAUGUAACAUAAUUUAUAUGUUAUGGUCGUAAACAUUUGUUUUACACUUUAUUUUUUUAUUAUAUUUUUAGGUAUCAGAAAAGAUCGGAAACAUUUUACAAAAAAAGUUCCAAGCUACUGGAUUCAGAUUCAUUGCUUCAGGACGCGAAGACAUUGACGUUCGCAUGUUAGGGAAUGGAAGACCAUUUGCUGUGAACUUGAUAAAUGCCAAGAAGACGGGAUCUCUUAAAGGACUGACGAAACAAACUACAUUGACAUUGCUAAACGAGGUUAUCAACAAAGAUUCUGAUAUCUCAGUGGGACCUUUAACUGUAGUUUCUAAUAAUCAAGCUCAGGUUUUGAAUGUGGGUCAGGAAGAGAAGCGGAAGAUGUAUUCUUGUGUUUGUUUCUCUUGUAAGGUUAUCACAGACGAGAUGUUGAAGAGACUUGAAGGCAACAUACCAGUGAAGAUCGUGCAGAAAACAGUUGUCAGAGUAUUGAAAAGAAGAGCUUUGCACGACAGAGAGAGGGAGAUCUACAGUCUGAGGGCUUUGAGGCUGGAUGACUACCAUUUUCAGCUGAAGUAAGUUGUAAUGUAAAGUAAAGAAUACGUCUUUAUAACGAUUAAUUUUAUAUUUAUGCUUAUUAUAACUUAUAUGUUUGUUCUAGAUUGGAAACUCAAGCCGGGACUUACAUUAAAGAGUUUGUUCACAGUGACUUUGGCCGUACUUCACCUUCAGUUGGGGAACUAAUGGGUCUAGACGCUGAUGACAUUGACAUACUACAGCUAGAUGUAGAGAGAGUGGACUUGGAAUGGCCGCCACAUAAAUUUAUUCCAUAA